ACCGAGUUCCAUAAAUCGAUACCUCUUAAUUUCUCAACCACCACUUAUUAAAAACUCCUGAAACUUCGUAUAUAUCUGGGGGGCUAUGCCUCCUACUCGCCAUUCAAAGCGCGUGCAAGGGAAAUCACCAGAUCAGAUACUUUCCUCCGGCCGGGCGCGAAAACCUCCUAAAUCCUCACUUGCCGCAUUCGACGCGUCAAGACCACCUCCCACUACUUCCAAUCGUGGUACCGGGCGUCGAAAGGCUAAAAGACGACCGGGGGCAUUAUCUCCUAUAUCUCUUGCUCUUGCUCCUGAGCAAAUAGCUCGUGGAUUAACCGUUGACCUCAAUAGCAUUCCCUUGCAAGUUACCUCUCCGGUCACAGCUUCAUUAACGGCGACUCCUUCCAAAAAGGGCAAAAAUCAAGCUAUUAUACCGCCUUUCGAUCCGACUAGCUAUUAGGACAAAGAACCUCAUUAUAUGGAAAUUAUAAUUAUACCGAAUAUAGAAGGCAGAAAAAAGGACCGAG